GUUAUCCUUUCUAUUGUUUUAGCGUUGUAGGAAGUCGAAAAAUCGCAAGAUAUAAAGCCAACAUCAUGCAGGAAUUUCGCAUCCUGGACAUCCUCACUGGCCUCUUCACUUCGGCGCUGUGCUUUGGACUCUCCGUGGCAUCGUAUCCCGACAGCGUCAACGUGGUUACAGGCUCCUCUGGUGCACACGGCUGUGGGGGUGGACGGACUACUUCCGUGCGCUUCAGGUCCCUGCAAGUGCGGGGCCCGAAGUCGAUGGUGACUUACCUACGUUUCUCAAUCACGGAGAGCGAUUUGACGUUCGCCUCUAAUGCGUCCAAGGAAAUCACUGCGUCAGAUGCGGUGCAGUGCGCGAGAAGCUCAGCCUUGGCGGAUAUGACUGCCUUUGCUUUCAAUGGAACCUGCACGGCUUACCAAUUCAACAGUAAGCCUUGCUCAUGUCAUGGUGGCGAGAAAGUAAUUUAUGUGGCAAAUUCCAGCAUUUCCUACGGACCCCCUGCAACUGUGCCUUUCAGCACCGCUCCCUACAUCAACACCACUGUCAAAGAUAUCGAAUUCAAGGAGUACCAGCUCGUGAAUUUCUUCUCGAAUGUAUUUUCUCAACGUGUGCAGUCAUUUGAGAAUGUGAUCAAUAGCUACCCGAACUAUUACGUCUUCCCUCGAGAAGAUGGCGGUCACGAAGCUCUUGAUUACUUCUUUUUAGACGUGGCUUCUUGCGUCACCGACACCCCAUGCGGGAUGCCCGUCCUCGUCAGCAGAACUCGGCAAACUUAUUACAUGCGUGAGCACCAGAGCACAUGA